CAAUACUGGCCAUUCGCGAUCAAGAUGGGAGAGCUAUCAGAGGCCUACUCAUAUCUUACUUCUGAUAUGGUCCCUUUCCUCUCUCGGCUACACGGCCAAGCGCAUAGCUGGCCAUGCCAAAUCCUACAUUUUGGUCAUUGGAGAGAUGGAUCAGCUGGAACUUUAGGAGAAGAACAGGAACAAGUAUUUUCUACUUUUUCAAGCUAUAGUAAUUCAACAAAAACAAUGGGAGCAGCAAACAGACGAGAUUUUUUAACCGGAGCAAUGUUUUAUUGGAACGGCAGAAAAGAAAAAGGAAUGGCUCGUACUCUCACUAGACGAAUGCUGAUUGCUAUAUAUAGAGUUCAGUUUUAUCAUGAAAGACUGAACAAAUUACUAUCAGCGAAAAAAAUGAAAUUGUCUGAAUUACCUGUAAUUCAAGCUUCGUUGGAAGAAGAGGCCCGUGUUGCACGAGAGAAAGAGAAGAUCGUCAAAUUAAAGUGGGAUUACCUAUCGGAGUUAAAAAGUGAACUGGAACGAAUUCACUUCCAACACGUAACUUUGCACGACAGAAUUUCGAGUGUGGCAGUUUCUUGCAAAUGGCGAACUAAACUUAGACGAAAGCAAACUUUAUUAAAAGCGAAAGCUGUUACAGUAAUGAACGACAUAAACGACCUGGCUAACGUUAUGGUGACCGAGCAAAAUUUCUUGGAUGGCGUUUUUCCGUGGGAUUCUAACCAAAACGUUUCGUUCAAGGAUAACUUCAAAUUAGUUGAUUGUUGGAUGCUGUACAAACGAAACACAGAACAGAUUCUUCAAUGCAAACUAGAAAUGUCACAAUUCAUCACAACAAUCAGUGAAGAUAUUUUGUCGAUGCAACAUGAAAUAAGAAACUACAACUCGACGGAUGAAUUCUCUUUCUCUGUAAGCAACUGCCCAAUGAAUAUUUCUGUAUUUCAACAAUCUGAAAUAGUCAUCAAAAUGCAAGAAGUGAAACGUCUCGAAAUGUUAUUGUCAGACUCGCUCGCCUUAAAACAAUACUUUUAUGAAGAAAAUUUAGAUGAUGAUGAUUUGGUUUUCGAAGAUGAUUGUACGGAUGAUUAUAUUGCUGAUGGUGAUGGUAUUGACAAAGAUGAUUUAUGUGAUGAAAUUGAAUGUUCCUCCGACGAUGAAUUUUAAAUACAUGAGAUGAUUCGUG